CAGGAACUUUCAUCUCACCGGAGAACCAGGAGCCGUGGAUUUCGGUUUACGCCAGUUAGUAUUCCAUUCAUGUUGUCAAGCUCUAUCCUCUCUGGGCUGGGUACGUGUUAUAGCCUUUGACCCAUGGUGCUAAUCUUCAUGCUCAGAUUUGGUUUAUCUGGCCAAAACACUAGUACCCCGUGCCGGGGACAAUCGGGCUGUAAAAGGCUUUCGAGCUGGAUAGUUGGGAUUCUGUAUCUCAAGACCGAAUCUUCAGCUUGUCUUCUCGGUGUUCUAAUUCAAGCAUACGUUUUACGUAUCUACAAUGCAACAAAUCGACGAAGUGUGCCCAUUGAAAGUGAUCGUUGUAGGUGCUGGACUUGGGGGCCUUUCUGCUGCCAUUGCCCUUCGUAGGCAAGGCCAUUGUGUCCAUAUACUGGAAUCGUCAAGUUUCAAGAGCGAACUUGGCGCAGGUCUCGCAGUACCGCCCAAUACUGUACGCUCACUUCGAGGCCUAGGCUGUAACAUCGACAAUCUCAAGCCUGUGGAUAAUCUUUGUUUCACUGCCAUGGCGCAUGACGGAAGUCCUGGUAUGAUGAAUAACAUGACGGACUAUGGCCAGGCGUAUGGAGAUCCUUGGGUAAUGGCGCAUCGUGUUGACCUUCACAAUGAGCUCAUGCGAGUGGCCCUUGAACCCGAAAAAACGGGACCUCCUGCCCAGCUUCGUCUGGACAGCCAGGUGGCAUCUUGCAAUGUAGAUGCCUGUACCGUUUCUCUUGUCGACGGAACAAUUUAUUCCGCUGAUCUUAUCGUUGGUGCAGACGGAAUUAGGUCUACCAUACGCUCCUAUGUUUUGGACGCAGAAAUAGACAUACCUCCUACCGGUAUCGCUGGAUACCGUUGGCUCACACCUGCAGAAGCUUUGGAGCCAUAUCCCGAACUCGACUGGAUCAUCAAGAACCCACCCCUAGGAGCACGUUUAAUCACAGCUCCUGUACGCCGAAACGACAGCAUUGAGCAGUCGGGUCCUGCUCCUAUUUCUGAGAAGGCUGACAAGCGUACGAUCAUCAUCUACGCGUGCCGGAAUGGUACUAUGCUUAACGUUCUCGGUGUACACGAUGACCCUCGCAACCAGAACGAAGUUGGAUGGAACGUGCCAGUUACCCAAGAAAGUUUGCUGGAUUUUUUUAAAGACUAUCAUCCCCGAUUCAAGCGUCUGCUUGAGCUGGCUGACAAUGUUCAUCUGUGGCAAAUGCGCGUCGUCCCGCGGCUUGAGACUUGGAUCAAUAAACGCGUGUGUUUGUUGGGCGAUUCUGCGCAUGCAUCAUUACCAACACUCGGUCAAGGCUUCGGGAUGGGACUUGAGGAUGCCGUAGCCCUUGCAACCCUCCUUCCGAUGGGAACCAAAGUGUCUGACAUCGAGAACCGCCUCGUCGCCUACGAAAGCUUGCGUAAGGGGCGCGCUGAGUAUGUGGCCAUGGAAUCGUUCGAACAACAGAAUAUCCCGGAAAAGCGAGGCUUGUAUCUCAGGUCUUCUAUGAUGCGUGACGAAAUCAUGGGUUAUGAUGUCAAAGCCGAGGCUGAGAAGGUUUUUAAAGAAUUAAUGACCUCGACUGAUAAGGUUACAUACCGUCCCCAUGUGGACUGUCUAUGGUAGAACCUCCGAGUCAAUACAUCGUAUCUCUAUCAUAUCCGUCUUCCUCAAGCAAUGAGACAGACAAUUCAAAUAUCCAUAGUGCACCGAACUAUGACCGAGCCGAGGAAACUGAAACAAUGUUGAUUGUCGAAGGUGAGAGUACGAAACGCACACCGCCCUACACCGUUUGACAUUCUUUUGAAGCGAUUGGACUCAGUAACUUGGAAUCGGG